AUGAAACUGUUAUUGAUCAAAUUCUUGCUGACGUUGUCAGCUGUAGCUCUGAGGCUUCGACAGGAUAUUCAGCAGCUCCUGGCAGGGCCGUUUGAACUGACGAUUGAUAAUGGGGGGAAAACAGUGUUCGCUAACUAUCCCGGCGAAUUGAGCUUUGCAACCGACCUAUUUGAAUAUUCAGCCGACGGAGCAUCCGCUAACUAA